AGUCUAUCACCUACGGCGACGGCGAGCGGCCAUGGCGUACUCCACGGUGCAGAGGGUGGCCCUGGCCUCGGGACUCGUCCUGGCUCUGUCGCUGCUGCUGCCCAAGGCUUUCAUGUCUCGCGGAAAGCGGCAGGAGCCGCCGCCGGCGCCCGAAGGAAAACUGGGUCGAUUUCCACCCAUGAUGCAUCAUCACCAGGUGCCCUCAGAUGGCCAGACCCCUGGGGCUCGAUUCCAGAGGUCUCACCUGGCAGAGGCAUUUGCAAAGGCCAAAGGAGCAGGUGGAGGCACGGGAGGAGGAGGUACUGGAAGAGGCCUGAUGGGGCAGAUUAUUCCAAUCUAUGGUUUUGGGAUUUUCUUAUAUAUACUGUACAUUCUAUUUAAGCUCUCAAAGGGGAAAACGACUGCAGAGGAUCGGAAGUGCUCUACUGCCACACCUGGAAGCACCCACCGGAAAAUUACCAAUUUUGAGCUUGCUCAACUGCAAGAAAAACUGAAGGAGACAGAGGAAGCCAUGGAAAAAUUAAUCAACAGAGUGGGACCUAAUGGUGAGAGAGCACAGACUGUGACUUCUGACCAAGAGAAACGGUUGUUGCAUCAGCUCCGAGAAAUCACCAGGGUCAUGAAAGAAGGAAAGUUCGUUGACAGACCCACUGCAGAGAAAGAAGCUGAGGAGGCCCCUUACAUGGAAGACUGGGAAGGUUACCCUGAAGAGACUUACCCAGUUUAUGACCUCUCGGACUGCAUCAAGCGUAGGCAAGAAACAAUCCUGGUGGAUUACCCUGACCCAAAAGAGCCCUCUGCUGAAGAAAUAGCUGAAAGAAUGGGAGUGCUAGAAGAAGAAUCAGACCACUUGGGUUGGGAAAGUCUGCCCACUGAUCCCCGAGCCCAGAAAGAUAAUUCUGUUACCUUGUGUGACCCAAAGCCAGAAACAUGUUCCUGCUGUUUCCACGAAGAAGAGGAUCCUGCUGUCUUGGCAGAGAAUGCAGGAUUCAGUGCAGACAGCUACAGCGAGCAAGAGGAAACCACCAAAGAGGAGUGGCCCCAAGACUUCAGAGAUGAAGGAUUGGGCAUCAGUGCUGAUAAAGCACAUAUAGGUGGCAUGUUGAGGAAGCGGAACCUCCAGAAUUUAGAAUGAAAAGUUUGGUGAAGUAUCCAUUACUCUAGCCCCAAGGUGACCUUUCUCUCCUCUCUCAGAUUUCAUCCUUGGCCCUGUGCUCUGUACUUCAUUCUCUGUGUUCAAAUAUCAUAGCUAUCAGGCCAUUACCAUGGGUAUCAUGUAUCCUUCCUGGUGCUCACACACCUGUUACCUUGUAAAACAUCAUAGAGAUUAAUUAGUGUGAACACAAGACAACUUCACUCUUCCUGCCUUUUUCCUCAUCAGAGAAGUUGAUGCACUGAGUAAUUAUGUUUGGUCUAUAGUAAUUACAGAUGGGACCACUUAGGGGCAAAGAUCCAACUCUUCCUGCUAGGAGUAACAGAUGGUUUACCUGUGAAUGAACAUCAGCUUACAGUUGACGAGGACUCAAGGUUACAGACUCCAAGAUACUUUAUUCUUUGGGCCUUGAGCAGGUUAGUGGCCCCCUGGGGAUGAGAGAGCAUUUUGUUUGUGGGGAUGAUGGGCCCAGAGCAGAGUAAGACUGUUCUCUGAGUUGAAGCAUCUUCCUCACGCCUACAGCCUUUCUAGGUGCACUGAUGCUGCCUCAGACAUCCAGAGUAGAGAAGACUCCUGUUGACCCUAGAAUGAGCCCAGAGGCCUGUCUAGGGUACUGUUUUGCCCGGAUAUUGCCUGGCUCCCUAGCUUCUUUUAUCCCUGCUCAGCUUAACUUAACUGCCAAACCCAGAAGCACCUUUGCACUUUUGGUCUUCAGUGACCAGAGGAAGUUUUAGAUGGAGACUUUAGAGCCGGCCCUGCAAAGCCAAAAGUUUGAGGCUGUAGGAAGGCCUGCCCAACGGUGGUAGUCCUGCCAUGAGUUGCUCAGUAGGCCAGGGAGCCAGCGGCAAGGGUGAGGACCCCUACCUUUACAGAGAGUCCUGGCCUAGAAGCUGUUUCUUAAUGUUGUGCCAUCUGAGAAAUUUGUUCUCACACCACAUGAAUUGAAACAGAAAGGAGGACUGAGCUUAUAUACAAAGUGCCAGCCCAAGAGGAAAGUUGCAGAGAACCAGUACAGCAGUGCACAGGGGAAGAGACCAUUUGUUCUAUAUUUGGAUAGCUGAGUCUUUUGAGAGAGCUGGGGAAAGUAAGAGGUAGAUUAGGCCAGGGUGGAUUUUGACCAAGCUUAAGGCCUAAUCACCUAAAUUACCAUCUGUUACAUAUCUUCCUGUGAAUUCUCUCUAACAAGGAUGAGUGAAUUCACAGUUUACAUGCGAGACCUGAGAGUUUAAAAAAGGCCUGUUCCCAAGGACAUUCCCAAUCAUAAAAUGUGGACGACUUGAAAAUUAAGAAAUUACAUAUAGUUCUUAGUGGCUUUUAGAGUUCCAUUGUGCCUGGCCUGAGUAAGAUGCUAGGAAAAACAGUUUAAAUCAUGCACAGAAGCAUACAGACGACUGUUGGAAGAUACGGGAUCAUAUUAAGAUAAUGUGGCAGCUACUAGGUAUUUCUUGUCAGGUAAUUGAACUACAGAGAAAUGUCACUACAGACUGUGUCUAUGGAAAGUCUAUUGCGUCUACCUUUGUGUGGAACAUUUGAUUCACAUUGUAAAGAAUGCAGUUUAAAAUGUAUGACGCCAAUCCAGACGUAAUGCUAAAGGUGAGAAUAGUGCAGCUGCUCUUCACUCUUCUGAUUGUUUUCCACGCUAUUUUCCUUCAUUCGCUGGGAGUGGUUGCUUAUGAGAGCCCUAGGUCCCUGUU